CACUCUUCAUCUCUAUCUCCUCAAUUAAAAAACAUCUCCAAAAGUUUAAAAAAAUGGCUCAGAUUCAACCACGCCAUGAACAGCACCAGCAGCUGUCACGUCAAGUGGCAAAAACCACCACUGCUGUGACUGUUGGUGGUUCGCUGAUGGUUCUGUCUGGCUUAACGCUGGCCGCCACUGUCAUUGGCUUAGUUGUGGCCACUCCUUUGCUCGUCAUUUUCAGCCCUGUUCUUGUACCUGCUACCAUUACCAUUUUCAUGAUCCUUGGUGGGUUAUUAGCUGCUGGUGGAUUUGGUGCUACUGCUACUUUUGUUUUCUACUGGAUGUACAGGUAUACGACUGGGAAGCACCCAAUCGGAGCGGAUAAGAUCGAUUACGCAAGAGAUAGGCUUGCGCAUGCAGCCCAUGAUAUAAAGGAGAAAGCUGAGCAGUUGGGACAUCAGGCACAGCAACAGAUUAAGGGUACUUAGAAUUGAAAGGGGAGAGGACUGUUUUUAAGCUUGGGGGACUUUGAGGAACAACUGCCUUUUUUUAGGCAUUGCACAUGCAUUAUGUACUUUUAAAUUAAUUUGUUUUUUGUUUUGAGUUACUUAUGUGUUAAGUGUCUCAUCUCUUUGUUGUUAUGGAGAUGUACUGUUGGAUUUUGUGGUUGAUUUUAUUGUAAUAACAUUUGCAUUUCGCUUAAUGUGUCUCGGUCAUUGUUUA